AUGUCUAAAACUACCGCGAUCGUAUCAGGCGGUUUUACAAGUUCAGCAUUAUCACCUCCAAUAUAUACUCUUGCUAUAGUUAGUAUUAAUCCAUCAUCAGGUAAAUCAUCUUUAUGUAAACGUCUGAUCGAUUCCAAUAUUGAUGAGUAUCGAUUAUUUUCGUUAAAAAAUAAAUCUAUUAACAAGCAAAAUCUUGCAACAUGGUUUUAUUGGGGUACAGUAAAACAUCGACGUUCAGAUGAAAAACGUGAAGCUUUAUUUCAUUUGAUUGAACAUUCUACAAUAGCUAUUGAUGACAAUGAACAAUAUGAUAAUUAUAUAAAACGUAUAACAUCAUUAACAUUACGUCCAGAUGAAAAAUUCCACAGUGAUUCCGAUUAUCCACAAAUUAAAACAUUUCCAAAAGAUAAAAUAACGAUCGAUGCGUUUCUAUGCAUACAUGAUUUAUCGUCAACUAGACGAAUAUCUGAACUUUUAUUUCUUCUUCAUGCAUUAUAUAAAACUCGUCGUCCUGUAAUCAUAAUAACAACUAAAAAUGAUUUGAUAGACAAUCAAUCUGAUUUAGCCUUACAAUUCGAACAAUCAAUCCGUCAUUCAUCAUCAAGUGAUUCACAUUUUUUACUUAACACACCUAUUAUACAUACAUCAUCAAAUGAACAUAUUAAUAUUCAAGGUGUACUUGAACUUGCUUUAUAUGCGUGCGACGAACCAAUAUUAUUAUCAUCAAAAAAAUCGCCACAUGUAACUGCACAAAUGUCAAAAUAUAUCCCAUCAUCAUAUAAGGAUGCAUAUACAAAUGAACAGUCAUUAAAACAUGUUAUACAAGCAGAAUAUAAAACAUUAUUAACGAGACAUGUUUCCGAUCAUCAAUUAGGUUCUUGGAUGAAAUUCUAUACGGCUUGGCAACAUCAUGCUAGUAUUAAAAAUUUUAUUGAUAUGUUUGGAAAACAACAAGCUGAACAUUUAUAUGAUGAACAUAUUGACGAAUUGAAAAAAGCAGCAAGGCAGAAAUUAAUUGAUGAAAAAUUAAUUCCAAUUGUAGAAUUACUUGUAACAGAUCAAAAAACAAAAUUAUCGAGAAAUUGGGAUUAUGUGCGUCUACAAAUGCAAAAACAUCCUAGCUAUUCAUCAACUGUGAUACCAUCUUCGAUGUGGUCAGAUUCUGAACAUAACAAUGGAAACAAUUCCUCAUCUUUAAUCAUUCCCGAUGACAUACUUGAUACAGUUGAAGCUCGCCUUCGUUUUGAAUCUUAUAUAAAUAGUCGUCAAUUGGAACAAACUCGUCGUGCAAAUUGUCGUUCUUUUUUUGAUUUACUAAAUCGUUUUGCUGAUGCUGGCCUUGUUCAAUAUGGUCAUUCGUACGAAAAAGAUUGUGUUUACUUUUUGGGUCGUGAAUGUUAUGAAUCUUUAAAUGCUCAAGAUCGUUUACGUGUGUUUGCGUUUCAUCAAUCAUAUCUUUAUCGUUUAUUGUGUUUAAAAUUUGUUGAAUUAUUAUUUGAAUCGUUUGAAAUAUUUAUUAUUACAUUUCAAAAAAUGAAUUCGGCAACAACAGAUAAAUUAAACGAUAGAAAAAUUACCACGUUGACUAUCGAUGAUAUAUUUGAAAAAGAAAUAAUUCAACAAAUAAAACAUGAUCCAAGAUAUCAAUCAUUAAAUAAUCGUGAAACAGAUCGUCAUAGAUUAAUUAUGUGCCAUUGUCAUUUUUUAUAUGAUUGUAUUUAUCAUUCACCAACAAAAAAUAUGCAUCAAUUAUUGAAACAACGCAAACGUUCAUUUAAACGACGAAAAUCGUCACAAUCUUUAUAUAGUCAUAAUAUAAAUUUUGAUGAGAAUUUCUGUCCUUAUACACGAAAAUUUAUACCACAUAGUAAUGAAAAUGAAGGAAUAAGUAAGAAAAAAAUUGAUAUUGGCUGCCCAAUGGAAGAAACAUGUGCUGAUGUACGAAUAAUGAAUGAAUUUUUUUCGAUCAUGCCUAUAAAAAAAAAUGUGCAUAAAAAUAUUUUAAUUUGUGGAUAUGAGAAUGAUAUGAAUAAUUGUCUUCGAAUACUUUCCAAUGAUUCUUCUCUGAUGAACGAUUAUCAAGUUAAUUUAUGGACAUUAAAUAAUUUGAAAACACAAUCAAUUAAUGGUUGCCUUAUUGUUUCACCAACAGGCCAAAAAAUUCUCGAAGAUUUUAUUUCUCAAAAAAGAUUCCAUAUAAAUAUUAAUACUAUUCCAACUGUAAAUUUACACUUUCCAAUUCCAAAUGAUUCCAAUAGACACAUUCCUAAUGACACAGCAAUCGAACAACUUCGAUUGUCAGUUGAACAACUUCUAUCGAAUGAUGAAAACUUUUCUAAUAAAAAUCCAUUCGAUCUUCGAAUUUUACUUUGUUUUAUGUGCGGUGGAGAAAAUGAUGAUGUAGAAAGAUUUUUUUCCCAAUUAUCAGCACGGUUUUCUCUUAUGGUAACUAAUCAAUAUGGAGAUUUUUCAUUUAUUAUUAAUGCUUUUCUUGGACGAUCAAAUCGAAAAAUUCAAUUUAUUCCUGUUUCGUAUCAUUUAUUACUUACUGUUAAACUAAUUGAUUUUGAUGGAUUUAUUUUAUUACAUGAUCACGAUAGAAAAGCAGCUGUUAAUACAAUGACAUAUUUGGAAAAACAUAUUUCAACCACAUUAGAAAAUGAAUUAUCAAAAAUGGCUGAUGAUAAUCCCGAAAUGGAUAACACGAGACCAACACGUCCACCCAUAUAUGUAUUAGGUUGUAUUAAAGAUUUAUCUUUAUCAAAUAUUAAAAAUUAUCCUCUAUCCGAUUAUUGUGUUCAAUGCCAUCAUGGAACAAUAAGAAAUUUUGUUGAAUCUCAUCUUUUACCGUUUCUCAAUCAAUGCUGGAUUGGAAAAACUGCAAACAAAAGUGAGAAUGAUUAUUUUCAAAAACAACAUCUUCUAGUUGGUGUUACAUCUUAUUUCGAUCGCGUAACGCAUUCAUCCGCUAGUGAUUUAAUGACAUCCAGUUUUGAACGUUCGCGUAGACAGUUAAUUAACAGUAGUGUAAAUGAUCGAGGUGGUUCAUUAGUAUUAUCGAGUAAAUCUAAUGAACAUUCACCAAGGCAUCAGUCUACAACAUUGACACCUACAAACCCUGAACAAAUGUUCUCUUGUCGAUCUUAUCCCUAUUUAUCGACAUCAAAUAAUGGUAUUGAAUCAACAAUGGUUCCAACAACGCCUGUUGAUCCAUCUGUAACAAAUCUUGGUUUAAUAUCUCCAUCGUCGGCAUCAACAUCUUCGAUAUCUAAUAGUCAACAUCAACAAUUUAAAAAAUCAACUAGUAUGCGUUUUGCAAAAUUAAUGGAACAUCCAAUUAAUUAUUUAACAUUUAACGCUGAUGGUACCAGUUACCAAUCAUCACCUAGUAAUGCAAAUAACGAAAGUCCAUUAAGAAAGAAUCAACGGAUAAACGAAAUCUCGUCAAAAUUAUCAUCCUCAGAAGAUAUGAAGUUUCGCUUGUAUAAGCACCGAACUGCUCCACAAGUUAAAGUGCCACUAGCAACACCAGAAGUAAUUGAAUUCAAUGAAUCAAUAGCAACUCCGUUUUCGGUUCAGCAACAUUGCGAUAAAUCAUUGGUCUUCGCCAACCACAAUGCCGAUAAUGUAAAUCCCGUCAACUCUUCAUCGUCAUUGCCACCUACAACUCAUAAAAAACACCAAAAUAAUAGCAGUACAAUAGAUGAAUCAAUUACGAAUUCAUCCAAACAAACAAGAGCAACUGAUUCAUCUAUAGAUAGUUCAAGCGAUGAGCUUUUACAAAAUCAGCCAGAAUCAUCAACAACAUUAAAUAAUAUAAAUUCUCAAAUAAAUAACCAACAGCAACAACAACAUAAUCCAGUUACUUUACAAAGAAAAGUAUCCGAUCGAAAGUCAAGACGUGUACGAGCUAAACAAAAUGAUGUCACAGGUUUAACAUCAAGUACUGAAUUAUUAAAGAAAACUGGAUCUGAUGAUGAAAUAUUAGUUGAUGAUGAUAAACGUCUUCAGCAACAAUUUCAAAAAAAGAAACGUCGACCAAGUUUCAAAAAACGCAAGAAAACGUUUCAUGAUCAAGCACAAACUGACUCAGGCAUUGAUUCUCGAAUGGAACCAAAAGAUGUGGGAAAAGUUAGUAUUGCACCAGAACCAUCAUCUUUACCGAACGUUAUAUCGAAUGAAGAUGAUUCGAGUGUAGGUGAUUAUACAAAAGAUAGCAAAAAUACAUCCAUUGAAGAACUUGAAGAACGGCCAACAGCUAAUUGGAUUCGUCGUCAAUUACAAUAUUUUGCUCAAUCUCGACGUGAUAAAAAUGAAUUUAAAAUUCGCUCUCCGGCUGCAACAGUCACAUCUGUUUCGUCACCACCAUUGCCUUCAUUUAAAGCCACAAUGACUGCAACUCCUCCCAAUCCAUAUGGAAAUUCAUCACCAUUAGCGUCACUUGAAAAUUCUCAUCAUCAUGCUCAUAAUCGUUUAUCAUUGAAUCGUUGUAUUCAAUCCACGGAAUCGGGUGUACCUUUAUUUAUUGAAAAAUGCAUACAAUUCAUCGAAGAAUAUGGACUAGGUAUUGAAGGACUUUAUCGAAUAUCUGGAUUUAAAAAUCAAGUUGAAUUAGUUAUUAAUAAAUUGGCUGAAGAUCCAUCCUAUGAUCUUCGACUAUUGCACGUACCAGCAAGUGCAGUAGCAACGGCAUUGAAAGAUAUGAUGAGAAAACUUGAUGAACCACUUUUAUCAUUAGAAUUAUUUGAUGAAUGUCAAAAUUUAACAAUCGAUCAACUGCGUGAACAAAAUUUUAUGUUAUUACGAAAAGCCUUUUCUCGUACAAGUGAACUUAAAUAUCGAACAAUCAAAUUUAUUUUCAAACAUCUUCAUUUUGUUUCACAACAUGCUGCUUCGACUCACAUGGAUUCAUCUAAUUUAGCUGUUCUAUGGUGGCCGAAUUUGUUUCAACCCCAAUUUCGUGACUUGAGAACAGCAGAACAAACGUGUCAAAAGACAAAACCAUUGAUUCAAGCAAUUAUUGACAAUUAUUCAAUAAUCUUCUCUUCGGAUGAAAGAAAAUAA